AUGUCUUCAAACGAACCUAUGGAUACAGACACCCCAGCUCAGCGCCAAGCGAUGAAGAUGAAUUCCAUUCUUCACAAAAUAAUUAUUGGAAUUAAAUUAACAGCUUCAAAUUAUGUUGCAUGGUCUGAUGGAGUUCGUUUCGGAUUGAUGGCUGCUUCGUAUGAUCAUUACUUAGACUCGGAAGAGGCUGGAGGACUGCUUGACGCCAAAAUUGUCCUUGCUACCAAGAAAGCGAUCUUUUACUGGCUUCUUGCUAGCAUUGAGGCAGCUCAAUCCACCCGAUUCAUUUCCAUGAUUUCUAAGUUCGAGAACAGCAUUAAGACGACACCAUCAUCCCCUUCUUUACUUUGGAAGACAAUUCGCGACUAUCACAUAAGCAAUUCCGAAUCAGUUAAACUCAUGCUCCGAAGCGAAAUAACCGACCUAUCCCAAGGAUCCACGAAAGACUUGUUGGAUUAUAUUGAUGUAUUCAGAGCUAAAGUAGAUGCAUAUCUGGGUUCAAACGGUGAGAUGUCUGAAGAAGAACAAGCGCGUCAGUUUGUUAGGUCACUUAAUCGAGAAUGGGCCGAGAAAGGCUGCGAUCUCCUAGACGCCGGACAUGUAAAAUUUCAAAACUUAGAGACUGAACUCAAGAAAACUUACCAGACUCGUAAAAUGUUCUCAUCAAGUCGACAACACUCUAGCCGAGUAGCUGAAACAUCUGAACCUAGUCAAGGAAAUCGGACUGGAAGAUGGCAGACCUGCAGCCGAAAUAAGUGCAUUGGUCGAGACCAUCCCACUAAACCACAUGACCAAGCCGAUUGUUUUCACCAUCCGAAUAACGCAAAUAAGAUGGAAUCCUGGAAAUGA